AUGACAGAUUUAGCAAAUUCACUAAAAAAAUUUAAGCUUGUAUUUCUUGGUGAUCAAAGUGUUGGAAAAACUUCACUAAUUACACGGUUUAUGUAUGAUACUUUUGAUAACACCUAUCAGGCAACUAUAGGCAUAGACUUUUUGUCUAAAACAAUGUACUUGGAAGACAAAACAGUGCGUUUACAGCUAUGGGAUACAGCAGGGCAAGAGCGAUUUAGAAGUCUUAUUCCAAGUUAUAUUCGCGAUUCUAGUGUGGCUGUUGUUGUUUAUGAUAUUACCAAUCGAAAUUCCUUUAUCAAUAUAAAAGAUUGGAUAAAUGAUAUAAAGUCAGAACGAGGGAAUGAUGUAAUUAUUGUGAUAGUAGGAAACAAAACAGAUCUUAACAGUAAACGCCAAGUUACAACAGAUGAGGGAGAAAAGAUGGCAAAAGAUCUUAAGACGCAGUUCAUGGAGACAAGUGCAAAAACAGGUAGCAAUGUUAAAACUCUUUUUAGGAAUAUCGCAUGUGUUCUUCCAGGAAUAGAAAAUAUACAGGAUACAAAUAGCACAUUAAUGAUUGACGUUAAUAUUAAUCCUCGAGAAACAAAUGUUCAACAAUCAAGUUGUCAAUGUUAA